UCACCACGAAGGCGCCUGCUGCUGCUGCUGCUGCUGCUGCGGACUCUCGCUCGUUAUCAACCCCAAGUCGUCCAGAGGCACCCUCCGCGGAGGAAGACACAGUUGAGCUGUUAUCAAUGACGCCGAGUCUGCGGACAUUCGUGUGAUACGCUCAGGGGGAAUAUCCAGCAGGCACAGGCAGCACGAAGACAAAAUCCACAUUGUUUUUGAGGCGACUAUAUAGCUGGAAAGACGGCAUCCGGCCUCAGAAGAAGCUCCGAGGUGGGGGAUAGUGGUCGGAACAGCGCAUAUCGUUUCUGGCCCCCCUUGCCCCCGAGCACCAUGGAGCGCAUGAAGAAGUUUAAGCGGCGCCUGGCCCUGACCCUACGCGGCAGCCACACCGUGGAGGAGUCGCUGUCCGAGCUCGCCGAACACAUGACCAUUGAGGAGAGCGCACUCAAGGACACCGAGACGGGUGUUGUGAGGAACGGUCGUCCGGCCUCCUCCCACAGCGUCCACUCCUUCCUGAACCAGUACACCGGCUCCUUCAAGAAGCCGCCUCUCCGCCGGCCACACAGCAUCAUCGGGGAUGGCCUGGGACCCCCCAUCCCCCCGCCACGCAACGGACGCCUAGGUAUAGUGCAUGAGAACCAGAAGCUGGGCUCGGACGGGGAGAGUGACCAGACGUCAGGCACCUCCUCAGACGAGGUGCAGUCCCCCUCCGGAGUCUGCCUCAGGAACAAGGGCGGCCGACGCAUCUCACAAGCGGACCUGAAUAAGCGCCUGUCACUGCCGGCUGACAUCCGGCUUCCAGAUGGCUACCUGGAGAAGUUGCAGAUGCUCAGCCAUCAGUUCGACCAGCCGCUCAGUCGCCGCUCACGCCGGGCCUCGCUGUGUGAAAUUGGGUUUGGAAAACUGGAGAGCUACAUCAAACUGGACAAACUCGGGGAGGGGACGUACGCCACUGUGUUCAAGGGCCGCAGCAAGCUGACAGACAACCUGGUGGCCCUGAAGGAGAUACGACUGGAGCACGAGGAGGGAGCACCCUGCACCGCCAUACGAGAAGUGUCGUUACUGAAGGACCUGAAGCAUGCAAACAUUGUGACACUUCAUGACAUCGUCCACACAGAGAAGUCCCUCACUCUCGUCUUUGAGUAUCUGGACAAGGACCUCAAGCAGUACAUGGACGACUGCGGCAAUAUCAUGAGUAUGCAGAAUGUCAAGAUCUUCCUGUUCCAGAUCCUGCGGGGCCUGGCCUACUGCCAUCGCCGCAAGGUUCUCCACCGGGACCUCAAACCCCAGAACCUGCUCAUCAACGACCGGGGGGAACUCAAGCUGGCCGACUUUGGUUUGGCCCGAGCCAAGUCUGUCCCCACAAAGACCUACUCCAACGAGGUGGUGACACUAUGGUACCGGCCGCCAGACGUUCUGCUGGGCUCCUCUGAAUACUCCACACAGAUUGACAUGUGGGGAGUGGGCUGUAUAUUCUACGAGAUGGCUGCGGGCCGACCCCUCUUCCCCGGCUCCACUGUGGAGGACGAGCUGCACCUUAUCUUCCGGCUGCUGGGUACCCCCACUGAGGGCUCCUGGCCAGGGAUCUCCGCCAUCGAGGAGUUCAAGUCCCACAAUUUCCCCAAAUACAGGCCUCAGCCGUUCAUCAACCAUGCACCUCGGCUGGACUUGGAUGGGAUUGACCUGCUGUUGUCUUUCUUGAAAUAUGAGUCUAAGAAGAGGAGCUCAGCAGAGGAAGCUAUGAGACAGGCCUACUUCAGGAGCCUGGGAACACGUGUGCACACACUGCCAGAGAGCUUAUCGAUAUUCACACUAAAGGAGGUCCAGCUCCAGAGGGAUCCAGGCUACCGCAACUCUGCCUUCCCUGAGACAGGAAAUGGCAAGAACAGAAGACAAAGUAUGCUGUUCUGAAGCCCCCCUGCUCUUUCCCGUCAUCGGGCUGCUGUCUGGCUGGCUGGAGGAGGAUGUGUGCCUGUGCAGUGCUGUUGACUAACCUCAUGAGUUGUGUAAGCCCCAGGGGUGGCUGGCUGUGGCGUGGCGUGACGUGAGGAGGAUGAGAAGGAAGAGCCUGCCCUUUUCUUCCCUCCCUCCCUCCCUCCCUCCUCUCCCUGCCUCCCUCUCUCCUUCCCUGUCAACCGCCCACUCCACCCCCCACGAAUCCAAAAUGGCUCCCGUGCACAAGACCAACACCCAGGGCAGCUGCAGUAGCCACACAAGGUGGUCUGUUGGAGGAAAAAAAAAACGAAUGUUACAAAAAAAAUGUGUUGGGCUUUUUAUUAUUUAUGUGAAAAAAAGAACCAUGCUGCUAAACCAACUACUGUCUUCUAACCCAGAAACCAACCGUUUAUCCUUUUAUAUCUUUUCUGGUUUGAUUUGGUUGUUUUUUGUUUGUUUCUUCUUGUGUAAUAUUUCUGAUUGUGUACAGUGUGUACAGCCUCCUAUAUAGUUAUAUGACAUGCCUAUUAUAUGCCGUGCUCCGACUGAACCUGUAUUUUUUGUGGCUUUAUGUUUAGUUGGUUAAUUACCAUAUAAUUGAUUAAUCCUAAAGCCCCGUGUUGACGCUUUUUAGCGGUUUUCUGUCACCUCGUCACCUGUCAGUUUAAAGCCUCAAAAGACAGGUGUAUCAUCUCAACGUGUCAAAAAAAACACCAAAAACUUUUGGUUGGAGAGAUCGGCUGGGUUGAAGUGCCCCCUCUUGCCACCUCUCCUUAUGCAGUAACGUCUCCUUUUUGCUCUCCUUUUUAUUUCUAUAUUUUUUGUAAAGAUUAAUAAACAAUUAUCUUUUUUUUCGCUUAGGAAAGGACAAAUCCGGUGUAAAAUGAACUUUUUCAAUGAGCCCUUUUUGCAUAAAUCCGAUGAAAUUAUGAAUCAUUUCGAAUAAAAUAAGCUAUCAUAGUGUUGCUCCUCAGCAAACAUUGGUAACAUGUUUUUAUACAUACCCAAAGUUCAUUUGGCACCGGAUUUCUCCUUCAUCUGCUCUUGUGUGGCAGGGGACAGCAGUUCUGAAGCCGCCUGCCCCCUCUUGCACUAUUUGCCUCCUGCAGUAGUGUACUACGAUUACUACUACAUGUUCAACGGUUCCAAGUGAAAUUUGGAGUGAGUUUUUGUUCUGCAUGCCAGUGAUGAGAUAAAGAAAAAAAAGCACAGUCGCUGUCUUCACAUUGAGGAUGUGCCCAUUCUGCUGAAGCUGACCUAACCAAUACUGACGUUAUAGUGUUAAGAAAUAUAUUUUGUAUAAUAGCUUUAUUUAUGAAUAAUUGUCUUAUUGUGGUGGUAUGUCGGAGGAGUUUGACCUCCCUCCCCAUUUGAGCUUGAUAUUUUUCAGAAAAAAAAUCACCUGAUUUAAGUGGA